AUGGAGGAGGCAGGUGGGCCCCCAGCCCGGGCCGAGGCCCGAGUGGUAAGUGCCACACUGACAUGGCGGCAUCGACCUCCUGCCCAGGAAGAGACCAGACACCGCUUUCACAAGGUGUCCUUGGUGUCAGGGGCCCGAAUGGAAGCCCCCCGAGAAGAGAUGUUUGAAUCCAACCACCAUCGAGAGGAAGUAAAUGGCUUUACUACACGGGAAGAGGAGACUGUGAAUUACACGGGCCCUCGGGAUGGGGCUAGCUUCAAGAACUUCCAGAGUCAUGGGCCCAUCUUUUCCAGGAAGUACACACCAGCCCCCAAGGAGAAAAGGCCAGUGGGGAGGCUGAAGGAGGCUGUGGACCAGGGUGAUGGCCGCCCCCAAGCUCCCAGGACUGAGCCACCAGGCAUGGGAGCCAUGGCCAGGGCUGAGCUCUUGGUGCCCCUGCCUGGGCCCCGUGAGCCAAGCCCCCACCCAGGUGUGGGUCUCACCAGCGGGAGCUCCCGGAUCUGUGAGGAACGGCGGGUGACACGCACUGUGAGGACCACCACGGUGGUGGGAGGGCAUGUAGACCGGCGGGUGAGCAGCUCUGUGACUGUGGGGCCAACGGUCUCGGGUGAGGCCCUGUCAAGGGGCCGCAACGUUGCCCGCACGGUGCGGGCAGUGGUGGUCAGCCCCAAGGCUGAGGGCUCGCCCAGUCGCAGCCAGGCCCUGGAGCUGCUAAGUAGCCUUGUGCCUGCUGAGCACAGCAUACCUGCCAGCUGCCAGCCCAGGCCCACAGCUGUCGUACCAAGGAGCCUGGGUAUGGGUGACACAGUGGGGACAGCCCUGGGGCAGCUGCCUGAGACCAGGACAGCAGAGCUAAAGGACAGCUCUGUCUUGGUCCCUGUAGGCAUUCCAGCGGGUGCUCACCUGCCUCAGAACCAGGAUGUCCCUGUGGCCAGCCCAGACCAAGACCAGAGCAGAGCCCCUGGUGUGGGGGCCUAUGAGUUCCCAAAGGUGCAGAGAGCCUCCAGCCCCACUCAGCUCCCUCUCCAGACUUCUCAGAGUCAAGCACCAGUCCCUUCCUCUCCCAGACUCCAGACCCGUUCUCCCACCCUGGCCCCAGCCCAGCCCCCAGAGCAGUUGGUGGUGCCCACUCACCCCAGGACCCAGCUCACUCCCCAUGUCCUGCCCCCCAUAACAAGGGAAGGACUCACAGACCCCCCUCCUGCUACCACUCUGCCCAUGGUGAGGAGCGAGCGUGUGACAGUCCCUGGACAAGCGCUUGCUCCAUCUUCUACAAGAAGGAAGGCUGUCCCCAGCCCAGGAGGUCUUUCUGCUCCAUCCUGCUCAAGGAAUAAGUUUGUUCAGGACUCUGAAAAUGUCCCUGUCGUCUACCUUACAAAGAACGAGGUAGUGCAAGGCCCUGGUGUUCCUGCUGACCCAUCCCCUGCUCAGAGAGAGGUUUUGCAGGGUUCUGGUGCCCCUCCUGCCUCGUCCUCCAAAUCAACCAAGGAUGUCCAGGGCCCAGAAGGCAGCCCUAGCAUCCAAAGAGAGGUUGUCCAGGGUAUUGCAGGCAGCCUUGACCCAUCCCUCACUAAGGAAGAGACUGUUCAAGGCCUAGCUGCUCCUGCUAUCCUGCUCCCCAAACAGGAUAAGCUUGUCCAGGACUCUCAAGGGAGCCUCGUCUCAUCUCUCACUCAAAAAGAGGUUGCCCAGGGUCCUGGUGCUUCUGUUGCCCCAUUUUCCACCCAGAAAGUGGUUGUCGAGAGUCCUGCUGUUCUCCCUACCCCACCUUCCUCCAUGGACAAGGCAUCUCCCAGCCCAGGAGGCACCCCUGCUCCAGUGCCAACAGGAGCAGAGGCCAGCAUAGAGUCUCAGCUUGUCCCUAACCCCACCGAGGGCAAGACGUGGCCAGAGCCAUCGGGGGAGGAGGAUGAGGUGGCCCUGGCCGCUGACCUGGAGGUUUUCCUGGACACCCUGCGGAGCAUGGAACCCCCUGAGAUCCUCCGCACUCACCGGCUGCCUCGAGCUCCCCGCUCCUCCUACCUGGCCAUGUACGCCACACUGCCUGCUAUUGAGGAGGACCAGCCUGGGCCAUGGGUGCUGGGACCCAGCCCCCAGGAGGUACCUACACUGGAAGAGAAGGAGGAGGAGGAAGAGGAGGAACCAGAGAACCCCUAUCUAAGCGACGACGAGAAGCUCCAAAGGAGGCAGGAGAAAGCUGAGCCCAGCCCCUCCUGGGACCUUCGCCCUACCAGGCCAACCCAGGUCUCCUACUCUCCCUUGGAGAUGAUGAAGAAGCAUGUAGCAAGCACCAAGGGCUCCCACCCAGAACUGGGACUGGAAUUGCAGGCAGGCAGCAGGCCCACCUCCCGUCUUGGAGGCAGCCUUCUCUUUGGCAGUCUGGUGCCUGUCACCAAGGAGGCCUCCACCCUGGAACCACUGGGCACAAAACUAUCUGCUCUGCCGCCCCAUGGAGCACCGGGGCUCAGGAAGGUGCCAGGACAGUUGCCCUUGCUCUGCAGCGAAAGGCCACCACCAGAGAAGCCUGCACGUGCCCAGCACCCGGAGGAGUGGAGCCCAGCCUUCAAAAUCCAGGGCAAGCCGAACACCAGGCCUGGAAAGGUGAUCUUCUUCACGGAACCCGGCUGCCAGGGCGGCAGCAGAGAAAUCUGGGAAGAUACUGCUGAUGCCUCAGGCUGGGCCCUCAUAGCCUCCAUCAGGGUGGUGCGAGGCUGCUGGGUGCUAUAUGAAAAGCCAGAGUUUCAGGGUCGGAAGUUGGUCCUGUCUGAAGGAGAUGUGGAACUCAGAGCCCAGGGACUAACGUGGAGUACCCAAGGCAUCGGUUCCCUGAGGAGGGCUGUCCGGGACUACAGCACCCCAGAGAUCAGCCUGUUCUCUGAGGAGGGCCUCAAGGGGGAGCCAGUGAAGCUAACCAAGGCCUUGAAGGAUCCCCAGGGCCUGGAGAGGCCCCUCCAGGUGGCAUCUGCCAUUGUCUCUGCAGGACUGUGGUUGCUGUAUCCCAAACCGUUCUUUGAAGACAUUCCCUACAUCCUAGAGCCUGGAGUAUACCCCACCUCAGAGGCAUGGGGCACAUCAGACCCCAGCGUGGGCUCCUUGAAGCCCACGAAAUUGGGCUGCCCAAGCGUGGAGAAGCCAGGGGAGCCCAAGGCUGUGGUGUAUGAGGCCCCAGGCUUUCAGGGCCGCAGCUGGGAAGUGAGCCGAGACAUCUACAGCCUUCAGCAGCCAGAGGACAGCCAGAGCCCGCACCUGCCCUCUGUGGGGUCCCUGCGAGUUCUUGGGGGCUGCUGGGUGGGCUACGAGAAGGAAGGCUUCCGGGGCCACCAAUAUCUGCUGGAGGAGGGGGAAUAUCCUGACUGGUCACACUGGGGAGGCUAUGAUGAAUUAUUGACCUCUCUGCGGGUCAUCCGGACGGACUUUGGGGACCCAGUCGUGGUGCUGUUUGAGGCCAUGGACUUCGAGGGCCACGGCGUGGAGGUGAGCGAGGCAUUGCCGGACGUGGAGCUGGUGCAACACGGCCCCUGCACGCAGGCCAUCCACGUGCUCAGUGGCGUGUGGGUGGCCUACCAGGAGGUGGGCUUCUCUGGGGAGCAGUACGUGCUGGAGAAGGGCGUGUACCGUAACUGCGACGACUGGGGCGCGGGCAACAGCGCCCUGGCCUCGCUGCAGCCGGUACUGCAGGUCGGGGAGCACGAACUGCACUUUGUCUCAAAGAUUCAGCUCUUCUCCGCCCCUGACUUCCUGGGAGACCACAUCUCCUUCGAGGAUGACCAGGCCUCUCUGCCCCCUUCCUUCCGACCGCAGUCCUGCCGUGUCCAUGGAGGCAGUUGGAUCCUGUUUGAUGAGAAGAACUUUCAGGGUGACCAGCACAUUCUCUCUGAGGGCGAGUUCCCCACUCUGACGGCCAUGGGUUGCCUAGCCUCCACGGUCCUGGGCUCUCUCCAGAAGGUGCCCCUGCACUUUUCAGAGCCCUCCAUUUUCCUGUAUGGACUUGAGUGCUUCGAGGGGAAGGAGAUUGAGCUCAGUGGGGAAGUGCGGAGCCUGCAAGCCGAGGGCUUCAACAACCACGUGCUGUCUGUGCGGAUCCAGGGGGGCGUCUGGGUGCUAUGUGAGCACAGUGACUUCCGGGGCCGCCAGUGGCUGGUGGGCAGUUGCGAGAUCACCAAUUGGCUGACCUACAGCGGCACCCAGAGGGUGGGCUCCCUCUAUCCCAUCAAGCAGCGACGGGCUUAUUUCCGCCUCUGGAAUGCAGCACUGGGGGGAUUCCUGGCAGUGCCGGACCAUGUGGAAGACAUGAAGGCGGGCCGCGUGGUGGUGUCCGAGCCCCAGGCUGGAGGCAGCUGUGUCUGGUACUACGAGGAUGGGCUGCUAAAGAACCAGGCGGCCCCCACCAUGAGCCUGCAGGUGAUUGGACCCCCCAGCCCCGGCUCCAAGGUGGUGCUGUGGGCUGAGAGCCGCCUUCCGCGCCAGAAGUGGAGCAUCAGUGAAGCAGGCCACAUCUGCAGCCAGAUGUUCGAAGGCCAGAUCCUGGAUGUGAAAGGUGGACGAGGCUACGACCGGGACCACGUGGUGCUGUGGGAGCCGGACAAGGAGAGGGCGUCCCAGAUCUGGACUAUCCACGUGCUUUGAAACUCCCCUCCCCAGCCCCGAAGGCUUUGGCUGGGAUCAGUGUUUUUGUAGGUUUUUUGUCGUAACAUAAGCUAUUUUCUAUUAUGCUGCCGAGUA